AACAGUCGAUUAAGAUUUUAACUCUCGAGACUCGAAGAAAAAAAAGUGUCAUGGCUGCUCUCAGGGCGGGCUGAGAACGGAGCCUGCUAUAUUUGUAUAACCUCUAAUUCUAAACACGAAAGAAAAUACGAUUUAACAUUAUAUAAAGAAUUCUUCAAAACAUACGAUGAAUUUGAUCAGUCGACAGUUCGUGAAAAUAUUCAGAAGUGAUAUUUGCAAUACCAGUCAUGUGUGUAGUCUUGGAAGAAAUUAUUCAUUCAAGAGUCCCUAUGCCCCCGAAAAUUUGUAUCCAAAGAGUACAAUAAAAAUUUUCACACCAAAUUUCGUUCCCGAAGAUCCAAAAGCUAAAUUUAAUGGAUUCAUACCCAUGGAUCAGCUGGAUGUAACUUACAGCAAAGCCGGCGGCCCGGGAGGUCAACAUAUCAAUAAAACAAACACCAAAGUUGACUUGCGCUUCAAUGUGCAAAAUGCAACUUGGCUUGACAAUGAACUAAAACCGAAAUUGAUGCUUCAGGAAAAAAAUAGAAUAAAUAAAGAGGGAUACUUAAUCAUCAAAUCGGACUUGACAAGAUCCCAAAAUCUCAAUCUUGCAGAUGCUCUUGAAAGAUUAAGAACCAUGAUCAGGAAAGCUGCACAACCAGAACCAACUAUUUCACCAGAGACGGUGGAAAUGCUGAGAAAAAGGCAUUUGAAAGCUGUUCGGGAGCGUUUGAGCAUAAAGCGAGCAAGGUCACAGAUCAAACGCGACAGACAAGCGAAUGACUUUGAUGACUAACUUUCAAUCUGUAGAUAACUAUAGAAAUACAUGUACAUUACUUCA